GGGGAUCCUGGUAGUUGAGGGGCAACAUAACGUCUCCAACAAACUGCUUUGGCCCCUGUUUCAGAUAAACGGGAGGCUGAAAUCAGGCUCCGUUUGAGUCAAUCGGCUGGUUGUUGAGCCAUUCUUGUCCUUGGCCUGGAGUCAACUGAUCGAUGCAGACACGUCCCUGCUUCACAGUUUUGUCUUGUCAGUCCAGAUGUGCUCUUCUUGACUGCAUUGUGAGGGUAUAGCUUUUGCAAAAACUCUGAUGUGACAGUCUAUGGGAGCCUCCCAUGUGACGGCAUCCCCUUGUUGGGCCCCAUGGUGGGUGGGGGUCACUAGGAGCUGAAUAUUUAUUUUUCAAUAUGGACCCAAAAACCAGAUCAAGUACUAAGAAACAAAGAAAACAAUUCCAGUCAACCUGCUUAUUUGAUAAUACAUGCUACUGGAGAAAAACCUUUAUCGAAAUGCUCUCCUUUCUUAAUACAAAAACUGUUUGAAUAGACUAUUGGACAUUUGAAAAAAAUACAAAAAUUGAGAUCAGUCAAUCUACUCAUAGAAACAGCCUCACCUCAACAGUCGGCAAAACUAUUAACAACAAAGACACUAGGAGACAUGGAAGUGACUGUCACACCACACGGAAGUUUAAACACAUCUCGAGGUGUGAUAUCUGAGGUUGAUCUGAUGUCUGAAGAAGAGUCAGAUAUUCAGAUUGGCCUUUUAGACCAAGGUGUCACUGCUGUUCGACAUAUCUCCAUUCGUCGAGAUGGCAAGUUGAUACCAACCAAACAUCUUCUCCUCACAUUUAACAAGCCGGCAUUACCAUCUUUCAUUACUGCAGGAUAUCUGCACUAUCCAGUUCGUCCAUACAUUCCAAACCCACUACGUUGUUUCAAAUGCCAGCGGUUUGGACAUUCCCAAACAUCUUGUCGAGGCAAAAGUUUAUGUUCACAGUGUGGAGUUGAAGGCCACCAGAGUGCUGAGUGUACAACCACUCCAUGCUGCGUCAACUGCAAAGAUGCCCAUCCUGCCUACUCCAGACAAUGUCCCAUGUCGCAAAGAGAGAAAGAGAUUCAGCAGGUAAAGAUGGUUAAUAAUAUACCUUACCCAGAGGCACGAUGCAUGGUUACUUUAAAUGCACCAGUGAAAACAGUAGACAUUUGCUGCUGUUCUGAAAUCCACAAAGACAUGUGGAGUUCAGACAGACAUUUCUGUUUCACCAAAUGAAUCUCUAACUUGCCAUGAAAAAUGUUUGCUUAUACCAUCUACCCAAACAGCAGAAAAGAAGAGCAAGAAGACCAAAACAUCCCUGCCUAAAACAGCGGUAAUAACUAGAAAUGUGGGUUCUAAGAAGGCUGCUAAGAACCCGCUCAACAAACAAAAAUUAAAAGAAGCCAUCUCCAAAUCUAAGAGAUCAGAGGCUCAGUCUAUGAGUGAGUUAUCUGACUUUUCUAACGAAGAGACUAAGAAGGAGGUGACACCACCAACUUCACCUUCAAAAGGCAAAUCAGCCGUAAAACUAAAGAGGGAUACCUUCACAAAGAAUGCUGCCUCAAACACAUAAUGGAUUAUAAAAUAAUCCAAUGGAACUGUUGUGGUUUCCGCAACAACUUCUCUGACAUUAAACACUUGACAUCAUCUACUUCAUGUCUCUGCAUGGCACUCCAGGAAACCCAUCUGAAACCUGGAGAAAGAAUUACUUCAAAAGGAUUCAAUA